AUGGGUUCCACGAUGGAGCCUCGGACUUUUGACAUGCAAUGGGUCAAAGGCACAGACCCGAAAGAAGGGAACUGGCCAGGCCUGCGAACUAAUCAGGUUGAGAAAGACCUGGGCAUGGAGAUCACAUGGGAUGUCCCAGUCGCUCUUCGAGACGGUGUCAAGGUCUACGUCGAUGUAUUUCGGCCUGAUUCUUUCACUGGGAAGUUGCCUAUCAUCCUAUCCUAUAGUCCUUACGGGAAACACGGGUUCAAAACAUUUGAUAUGUUCCCUGGUGCAGAUGUUCCAGCAGGCUCCGUUUCUCGUUACGCCGUUUGGGAGGGUCCCGAUCCUUCCUACUGGACGCAGAAAGGCUAUUGCGUGAUCAAUGCGGACGCGCGUGGCUCUUGGGGGUCGGAGGGGAACUGCACCAUCAUGAGUACCCAAGAAGGCAUCGAUGGCUACGACAUAGUCGAAUGGGCUGGUACUCUGCCCUGGUCUAAUGGUCGUGUCGGGCUUUCAGGACUGUCGUAUCUGUCGGUCUCUCAGUGGCGUAUUGCAGAGAACAAUCCUCCUCAUUUGGCGUGCAUUCAGGUUUUCGGCGGAUUCUCCGAGGUGUAUAGGGAUUAUAGCCACCACGGCGGGAUCCCAGAAACAAACUUCGUCAAGUUCAUGGAAUGGUCUUGCCGCUUCUCCCAUGGCUUGGUAGAAGACUGGGUGAAGAUGCAAAAGGAGCAUCAUCUCUAUGACAACUAUCAAGCGGACAAGAGAGCCAAGCUUUCUCAAAUCAAAGCACCUGCCUAUGUCGUUGCAGACUGGGGCGACCAAGGUCUCCACACUCGGGGAAACCUUGUAGCAUGGUCUGAAAUAUCAUCCGAACAGAAGUGGCUGGAGAUCCAUGGGAGGAAGAAAUGGCAGUACUACUACAGCAAACCCAGUCUUUUGCGACAGGAAGCGUUUUUCCAGAAAUUCCUCAAGCAAGAAGCGAGCGAAGUUGAUAACUGGCCAACUGUGCGUAUCGAAACACGAGAGAGAGCACAUCGAAACAUUGCCAGAAAUGAGAUGGAGUGGCCUAUUGCAAGGACCAGAAUGGUGAGGAUGUACCUCGACAAUUCCACGAGCCGACUUCUUCAAGACCCUCCGAAAUCGAUCGGAAUAUCCCGUUACGCUAGUGGAGAUCCAAAGGAUGCCCUGUUGUUUAGCCACAAGUUCAACGAAGAGACUGAGCUUACUGGGACAAUGCGUCUUCGGUUAUGGGUUUCGGCUGAGCAUGAGGACAUGGACAUUUUCGUACGAGCUGAUAAACUCGACGACUCAGGAGUAGUUGUUCCAUUUGUGGCCAUGUCAAUGAUGGACGAUGGACCAAUGGCGCUCGGGUGGAUUCGAGUAAGCCACAGAGAACUGGACCUGGAGAGAAGCACAGAGAAUCAUCCCUGGCUACAACAUCGACGUCAGCUCUUGCUUCGACCCAACGAAGUUGCACCCGUCGACAUUGAGAUAAUGCCGUCGUCGACCCUUUUCCAUCCAGGAGACUCCCUGCGCCUCACUAUCAAAGGUUCGGACACCUGGGUCUAUGACCGCCGACAGAUUCAGCUUCACCAAGAUACGGUGAAUCAAGGCCCGCAUUCUCUAUAUACCGGCGGACCAUUUGAGUCAUUUCUAGUAAUGCCUGUCAUUGACAAGGAGACAUAG